UCAGCAAAGCUGAGACUGUGUGAUUGCAUUACAGUUUGAGGCAGCCUCGCAGUUCUCUGCAGCAGUCACACUGGCUCGUUCCAGCAGUCUCUAUGCUCGUAUUUCUGGAGUUCUCCUUUCCAAAUAAACAUCAAGAAAUGGCCAAUCCAAUGCCCAUAACAACCCAGGAAGACCUGAGUAGCCUUAUUUUGACCAGAAGAGGCAGUGGCUUUGCCCUUAAAGCUUUUCAUGUACCUUGGAAAAUUAACAUCUCAGUGAAGCUGUUGACAAGCCAAAAUACAGCAGAGAGUGAUUUCAAGUUGCUGCUCCAAGACAUAGCCAAUACCCGACGCAUUCGAUCUGAACAUCUGUUACCUUCUCUUGGGAUAUACCAGUCUGAGGGACUUCUUGGGAUAGUAACUGAAUGGGCAUGUAAUGGAUCCCUCCAGUCACUCAUCCAUGAGCAUCAUUUGUACCCAGAUUUACCAUUUCCUGUACUCAUAAGGAUCCUGUCAGAUGUUGCUAAUGGACUGAAUCAUCUCCACAGUCUAGACCCUCCUCUUCUCCACUACAGCCUAAAACCCUCCAAUGUUGUUUUGGAUGAACAAUACCGAGCAAAGAUAACAGAUUAUGGCCUAACAUACUGGAGAAAGAAGCAGCUGAGAUCAACCCUGGAGAACUGUAGCAAUAGAAGCUGCUGGGAUAUAGUGUAUCUCUCUCCUGAAAUACUCAAAGGAGGUUAUCCCUCACAAGAAGCUGAUAUUUACAGCUUUGGAAUGAUGUGUUGGGAAAGCCUAAGUAGACAGAAGCCUUUUGAAGGCAAGAAAACACUGCUGAAGGUUGUGACAGGAGUUUGUAGUGGUCAGCGGCCUGUAACUGAAGCAGAGUUUAUACCAAGCAGUUUGCCCCAGAGAAACAGGCUGUUACAUCUGAUUAUUCUGUGCUGGCACCAGGAACCAUAUUACAGGCCACAUAUGGCAGAAUGUGCACAACUCCUAAGAGGAAUUCUGAGCACUUUUAGCAAGGAGAUGAUUUCCAAUGCAAUCUACAGUUUGACUGAUACAAAGGAGAGUGCAGUGAAUGCAUGCAAAGGCUCAGAUACAUACACACUUCAGAUAGAUGUACGGAAUUUAGAGCUCAUCAAUGCACAGAAAAACAGCAACUGGCUCUUCAACAAGAGAAUUCCUUUAAUACCACAGAGCUUGUCAACUGCUCUCCUUGACAGCAAUACAGAUGAUGCAGGAAGAGAGGAUGUUAAUCAUAUGGCACUUGCAGAUACCACACCCCAAAGCACAAGACAAAAAAGAGGCUAUUGCAACAGAAAAUCAAAUCUGCAGUCUUCCUCUUCCACUUCAUCUGUUCCAAAUGAACAGAGUGAAGCUGGUGUUCCAUGUCAUAAGAAGCUAGAAGCAUGGCCGCACCAGCCACGACAGUUACCCAAGUACAAUUCCCAGCAAGCCCCACAAUUUCAACAAACAGAAACAGGUCCUUGCUACAAAGGACACUGCUGCCAGAUACUAGCAUGCGGGCGAGAGGCCAUCCUGAGCUGCAUGACAGAAGGGCGCCUCAACCACAUCCUUGAUGUCCUUCGCUCCCAGCAUGUUUUGUCUAGAACGGACUAUGAGACAAUCAGCUCCUUCCCUACCCUGACCGGCCGUACCCGCGCUUUGUUAGAUACUUGCCUCUGCCUUGGAGAGGGGGCAGCCCAGACUGUAGCGACUGUGCUCUCAGCUAACAAAUGCUGCCUUUUGGCACAAGGAAGCUCCAGCUGUGACAGCCUGGCUAAAAUAAAUAGGCUUCUGCAGUGACUGAAAAUAUUUUUCAUGGUUUGUUACAUGGAUCAGUGCACAGCAAUUGGAAUGGCAUUGAUUCACAUUAAUUCCUCAUUAUCCACUGAAUGAAGUUCAUUCCUUUGACUAUUGCUCUGCAAUUUUAGCACUCUACUGGAAAGAGUAGGCUGGAUUAAGGGAUCAAGUCAUCAAUUGCCUGCAGAAAUGACAGUGCCUGGUAAAACUUAGAUCUUUGAGAUGGUAGGAUUAUGGAACAUGCCAAAGUCUAGUUGAGGUCAGAUUAAUUUCCUUCAUUUUUAAUGGAGAUAAAAGAGAUUGUGGCUUCCUGGUGUUUAUACUGUGACAAGAAGGCUGCUGCCCAGCCUUUUGAAGUCUAAAGGCACUUAAGGAUGGACUGCUGCACAAGGAGGAAGAAAGAAGCUGCUUAAUUGACAAAAACCAAGCCAUCUGUUGCAUGUAAAUUUUAACUUAAAAUAAAAAAAAGGAAUAAUUUUUCAAUUUUACAGCAUGCAGACAAUGAAUCAGUUAUUCUAUUUUCAUACACAAAAGUCCAUUCGCUCUCAGAAAUUGGUGUAUUUGUAUUUUAACAGGUGUAUAUUUAGAGACCGUCUUGAAAAAAUAGCCCUAAAUGUGUUAAAUAAUAGUAACAUGCCACAUGCAUGCAGUUUUAGGGAGUACACAUAUGAUGCAAAUGUAACAUUAAGUAACUGGCUGCUUUGGAAAGAGAGUUCCACUGAACUGUAAAUGAAAACUACUAAGAUUAUCUUCUAUAAAACAAAAAUAAAACUGUGCAAAGUCCUUACAUUUUAAGGCACAGUGGGAUGCCUUCAAGCUUCAAGGAACAAGAUUAGCAUGAGAACAUUGCCAUUACAUGACUUAAAAAUAUUUAGAUGGCAAGUUACAUUUUUUUUAUUUCACUACACUGCAACUGUUCUUUGUACCUCUGAGCUGCUCAGCUAAUACUAUGGUUUUAUAAAUUGGAAUCUUAAAUGUUGUUGUGGAAUGCUAUAAAAUAUAUCUAUACAAGAGAUUAUUCCAUGUGAUACAAUGGUUUGGAACUUCUAGCCUUAGAAGGUCAGAAAUAACCAUUUUUAGACAUUCAGUCAAGCUAGAAGGUUUCUUGCAACUACAAGAUGGUUAAUAUUGAAAAUAAUGUCAAAGUAUGUUGAAUAUUUGUCAUUUUAAUAAAAAUGACUACUUUUA